GAGGACAAAGAGUUGUUUCCUUGUUGGGUGUAGUGCGACUGAAACUCCUAUACGCAUAACGACACUCCAAACCCCGCAACCCCUCCCAUGUCCUCCUCCUUCAAUCCCCGGCAACCAUCCCCAUGCCCUUCACCACCAAUCAUGAAGAAACCCAACCUCUCCGAUUCACCUCCAUCACAACAACAACAACAACGACAAGACCCAAAGCCUCCGUUGGUCCUCCAAUUGCCCAACCACAUCACAGUCGAGAUCUUCUCCAAGCUCCCCAUCACCACUCUCAUCCAAUGCCGCUGCGUCUGCCGCUCCUGGCGCCGCUCUCUCUCCGACCCGCACUUCGCCAAAUACCUCCUCUCCCUCACUCCCCCUUCGCUCCUCAUCAAGCACCGCCGCACCUUCUUCUUGGUCGACCCCUCCCCCAAAACGGCGUCGUUAUCAAGCUCGCCGAGGACCCUUCUUUCCUCAGCCCUCACCUCGAAGUCGUCGGCUCCUGCAACGGCUUGCUCGCCGUCAGGUACAACGUCUGUCAGUUCUACAUUUCGAAUCCCAUUAUUGGUGACUUCUUCAGUCUUCCUAGGCCGAGGGGUGAUAUCAACUGUUCAUUUGUUUGGGGUUUUGGGUUUAGUCCUGUGAGUAGUGUGUAUAAGUUGGUUAUGGUUUCGAUUCCGAGGAAAGGGACUGAGGGUGUGGUGGAAGUGAGGGUUUUGAGUGUUGGCUCUGGGGUUUGGAGGAGCAUUGGCAGUUCUGUGUAUCCCUUUUGGAUUCAGUCGUCCGGGGUUUGUAUUAAUGGAGUUAUUCAUUGGAUUGUUGGGACUGGCAAGCUGAGGCUGAGGCUGGAGGAUUGUUUUGUGAUCUAUGCACUUGAUGUCGAAAGUGAGUGUUUUCAAGAGUUUCCACUACCGCGUGGUACCUUCCAUACCGGGAAGGUUGAGCUGGAGCUUGGUGUUUUGCAAGGUUGUCUCACUGUAAAUGCUUGUUACAAGAAUACAAUCAGUGUUUGGGUGAUGAAGGAGUAUGGUGUUGAACAGUCUUGGACUAAAGAGUAUGUUAUUAAAAACAAGGCUAAAGGCACAUUUCGUUCUCAUCCAGAUAUACCUCGAGUAUUGAGAGUUACGGAGGAGGGGCAAGUAUUGUUGUUUUUAAAGCAUGAUCUGCAGGCUCAUAAUCUUGGUGAUCGGGGCCUUUUCAGGCUUGAGCUUGACAGGAUGCCGUUGGUGGUUCACGGGGCGUGUGUUCAUAUUCCGAGCUUUGUUUCACUCAAACAUGCCAUUGCCGGUUAGAGUUCAGAGGGGAUAUCAUAAAGAAGCAACUACCCUGGAGACAUUACUAGGAGUUGCACAAGGCUAUAACGGUUUAGAAUCGCGAUGUCAUGUAAUUCGGAGAGAGAGGUGAUUAUAAAGUUAGAUUCUUUAGUUAUGUGGGAGAGACUCUUGACCAGUGACAAUUUGAGGUGAUUGAAAACAUGUAGUCUGUCAUUUGGGGGGUGAUGAACCGUAUUCUGAAACUUCUUGUAACUGGUUUCAAUUAUGUGGGGUAAGGCCUUUGCUCUAAGUCUAACUAGGAGUGACCCCUAGCUCCAACUAGCAUAAUCUAGCAAAUCUAAUUUCUGUAUCUAAUCCAAAUUGCUCAUAAUUAUGAUUAUGUUCUAAGUUUCUAACUCUAUUCACUGUAAUGGUAUUGGCCUUAUAUUGAUGCAGCAAAGCUCUGGUAUGAAUAUGCAUGUGUGUACGCACGUUUCAUC